AUGGACUGCUGUGAGCUGCCGGAAAUAUUUUUGAGUUUCCUCAACGACCUCUUCUUCUCGGACAUAACUGAUGAAGAGUACUUUGGAGACUACUAUGACAACUACUAA